UGGUCUGGGCCUCUCUAAUAAGAAGGAAGAGAACUUUGGGGAGUGGUAUUCUGAGAGAUAGGCAUCCUGAAGUACAGAGGACAGCUUAUAUAGAACAAGAGUCACUCAUACCACAAUCUUUGGUUUAUCAAUGAAACCAUGUCUAUGUAAUGAUUGAUAAAGUAAUCUAAUGGUAGUCUAUAUGCUUGGUGAUAUGCAUGGUUAUCUUGAUGUCUAGAGUGAAAAGUUUGAAGAAUAGAGUUGGAGAAAAGAAAUGUAUGGGGAUCUGGUAGUAUUUUCCUUGGGGCUUUGCUGUAUAUGGGUGGUGAAGAUGUAGUAUGGUCAAUGUAAUUUUUCAACAUGACUUGGUAGGCUAACAAUUUAUUCUUGCAUCAACGCAUAAGAACAAGAAUGGUAUUCAGAAUUACCCAACCAACUUUUUGAGUUGUACACAAUUAUGUGAAGCAUUGGAGAGAGGGGAACGAAUGUUGAUAUAUGAAACCUCUAUUGUGUUUUGGUGUUUCUCUUUUUUCUUUGUGUCUUGCAAUUUUGGGUAAAUUUCGUGUCCUCUUCUUUGUACUUUAUUGUAUUCCAAUGAAAAUUUGUGUUUCUUGUCAGAAAAAUGCUGAUAACUGAAAUCAGGAUAAUAGAUUUAUUUGCUUUUGAUAGAAUGAUUCUUAUGGAUGAUGUUUCUUUCAGAGAUUGGGAGUUUCUAGAGAAGAAUAAUAUUCAGAUGUUUCUUUUAUGUGUUGGAAUCUAAUGUGCUGUGGAUUAAGGGCUCUAGGAUUGGUCAAGUGAUGUACUAAAGCUUCAGGUUCUAGUUCUUAAAAUGCCUCAAAUUCGAAAAGUCAGUGGUACUGUUAUAUACUUAUUUCGUGGUGAAGAUCUGCUUGUUCUUGUUUAUAUGGGAGAGAUGCUGCAACAUGAGAAAGUUUUUCUUGGGUUGGGGGGGGGAUCAUGUCUUGAGAUUUGACUUGGUGAUAAGUGUUUGCCCUUGGUCUACAUUGAUUAGGGGCCCAACAAACGUGUGAAAUACUCUGCUUGAGAAGUAUUAUUACAAGACCGCAACUAAAAAUAAUUGACGAGGGCUUGCACAAGUGAUGAAACAUGUGGUUUAAUUCAAUGUACUGCACAAAACUUUACUAGGAACAACAAAAAUUGUCCUUAAAAGGGAUUUUACUGACUGUCACACGGGUGCGACAUGGCUGUGGUCAGCUUGUGUUGUGAAGUGUUUUUUUUUCAAGUCCUAUAAUGAGUGAAACUCUCGUUUUGUGAUGUUGAGACAUGUGUUUAUGGAGAAAGUCUUUGCAACCGAAGUGAGCCGAAGAGGUAAGUGACGUGCCAACGAAUUAUCUUCAACUUGUCUGCUCUGAAAAUGAAGUUUGAUCAACCUUAAAUCGACCAUAGAUCAACCUUAAAUCGACCAUAGACCUAUAAUCCUCUGUUUGGUUUGGCGGAAUUUGUAACCCGUGAAGCUUGCGACAUCUAAACCUACCAUAGUUAAUCGUAGCAACUCUAUCACAGCUUUCCAAAAGAUGUCGUUCAUCACCUACUUUCAUAUAUGAUAACAAUUGGAGUGGGAGAAAGGAAAUACAUCACAGUUUUGAUGACAAGAUUGCCCACGUAAUAAUGAUGAUUGUGCCAGUGAUUCUACAGCUGAAAUUACUAGCUGCUAUAUAAGAUAAGGUGCAAUUACAGUUGCCUCUGGAUGAUAGUUGGUGAUUUUUGGUUCGAAAUAGGUGCUCAAUCUAUUUGGGUUGAGGAUUAACGAAGAUUCUUUUCAUGAAUAAGGUUAACUUUUUAAGGAACAGUCUUUUCUUAAUACCUGAAAGUGACAUGAGAAGUGUCAAUGCCAUGACAAUAGUACUUGUACCGAAAGUUCUAUUGGGAAAGUGGGAAAAAUGUUUGUUUUAAAGUACUAAUUUUGCUCAAAUGGCCUAGUUUGCGCUGCAUUUGAAAUUUUACCACGUCACACUUAGUGAGAGCAAUGUGUUAGCGAUCAAACCUAGAUUUUUAGUCCUCGUGAUAAUGGCAGAUGCCACUUGUUUAGACUUUUGUAGCCUCACCAUGAGAUGGUUGUUGCUGAUCAAUUUGUGUAGGCUAUAUGACAAAGUGUGCAGUCGUAAAUGGUUAUGGAGCAUUUAACAUGUCAUCACUUAGACAAACUAAAUAUUACAAUAUGUUGGACUAGGGUAUACCACUACAGGUUCUGAAUAUACUCCUUUUAGAUUACUAGCAAUGCACGACGUUCAUUGUACAUGAGCAUAUUUAAAUAAUAAUUAGGUGUUGAAUAAUUAAUUCUUAUUUUAAUUAUUUUUAAACUUAAUUAUUGGUUUAUUCCACUCCUCUUUGAAUACCUAUUCUGUCAUUUUUUUAGGCAUCUCCCUAGCCUCUUUAGACAUUUUCUCUUUUGUUUAUAAUGGAGCUUCGUUGUAAGUUUAUCAUUCUUGAGUAUUUGCAUAACUAAUUAUUUUAUAGAUUUAUCACAUUUUUUUGUUCAAUAGAUUGAUUAAAUUUUAAUACUACUAUUUGUAUUUUAAUAUUAUGAUAUUGUUGUAUACCAAAAAAUUAAAUAUGACAUAUGUUUAACUGUUGAAUCCAAUUUGACAACUACAUGUAUAUAAUACAAAAUAUAGGUUGGACUUUACUUCUUCAUAUAAAUAUAAACAUAAAUAUAGAAAAUUGUAUAUAAUAGUACUGCUAAUAAAUGAGUCCAAAAGAAGUCAAAUGGUACGAAUAAAAAAUCCAAAAGAACUUGAAAUGUUGCAUUUAUUUCAACAUAGGUGUGGGAUUUUGUAACCUUGCAAGCAUGCAUUGUUGCGGCAUACAAUUCCUUUUUUUUUUUUGAGUUUAUUGUAUCCAAUUUCUCACAUUCAAGGUUAUUUCAGUUAGUAGGAUAUUCUAUGUUCUAUUUAACUUUGCCUUGUCAGGUUGUCGUUAGUGGUGAAAUGAUAGAGUACUAUGACAUAUCUGGCUGUUAUAUUAUGCGUCCAUGGACCAUGUCCAUCUGGGAGAUCAUGCAAGCAUUCUUCGAUGCAGAGAUUAAGAAGAUGAAAAUCAAGAACUGCUACUUCCCCCUUUUUGUAUCUCCUGGUGUUCUACAAAAGGAGAAGGAUCACGUAGAGGGAUUUGCUCCUGAGGUUGCUUGGGUUACAAAAUCCGGAGAAUCUGAUUUGGAAGUGCCCAUUGCAAUUCGUCCAACUAGUGAAACUGUUAUGUAUCCCUAUUAUUCUAAGUGGAUAAGAGGACAUCGUGAUUUGCCAUUGAAAUUAAAUCAGUGGUGCAAUGUUGUUAGAUGGGAAUUUAGUAAUCCUACUCCAUUUAUCAGGAGUCGUGAGUUUCUUUGGCAAGAAGGGCACACUGCUUUUGCAACUAAGAUGGAAGCAGAUCAAGAGGUUCUUGAAAUCUUAGAACUCUAUAGACGUAUAUAUGAAGAAUUUUUGGCAAUUCCUGUCGUAAAGGGGAAGAAAAGUGAGCUUGAGAAGUUUGCUGGUGGACUUUAUACAACCAGUGUUGAGGCUUUUAUUCCUCAUACGGGUCGUGGUAUACAAGGUGCAACUUCACACUGCUUGGGCCAAAAUUUUGCAAAAAUGUUUGAGAUCAAUUUUGAGAAUGAGAAGGGAGAAAAGGCUAUGGUCUGGCAGAAUUCUUGGGCAUAUAGUACUAGAACGAUUGGCGUGAUGGUCAUGGUUCAUGGGGAUGAUAAAGGCCUGGUGAUGCCUCCUAAAGUUGCAGCUAGCCAAAUUGUUGUGAUUCCUGUGCCUUACAAAGAUGCCGAUACUAAAGGGAUAUUUGAUGCCUGUGCUGCCACUGUGGAAACUUUGACCGAGUCAGGUUUUCGUGCUGAGGCAGACUUCAGAGAUAAUUAUUCACCUGGCUGGAAGUAUUCUCACUGGGAAAUGAAGGGUGUCCCUCUCAGGAUUGAAAUAGGACCAAAAGACCUGGCUAAUAAUCAGGUGCGUGCAGUCCGCCGUGACAAUUCAGCUAAAAUUGAUAUACCCACUGCCAAUUUGGUUGAACAAGUGAAAUACAUGCUGGACAAUAUUCAACAAAACCUGUUGGAGGCUGCAAAGCAAAAACGAGAUGCCUGCAUUCAGGUUGUGAAAACCUGGGACGAAUUUAUUGAAGCCCUGAGCCAAAAGAAAUUGAUCUUGGCUCCUUGGUGUGAUGAAGAGGAAGUGGAGAAGGAUGUGAAGACACGAACAAAAGGGGAGAUGGGUGCAGCUAAGACCCUAUGUUCUCCAUUUGACCAGCCAGAACUGCCCGAAGAUACCUUGUGUUUUGCCUCGGGCAGACCAGCCAAGAAAUGGACCUACUGGGGGCGAAGUUACUGA